UCUGUGGUUCAAUCACGGGGGAUGUCCAUUACACAUGCGUAUAAGCUGCACGUGCCGUUUCCUGGAUGUUUUUGUCUAGUAUCAAAACCUCCCUCAUAUAGCCUGAAUGACAAGACUGAUAUGCCUAAUAAAGAUAAAAAGAAGUUACCAGCAUGGUUGAAAACUCACCAGCACCACUGCCCGAAAGAGCUAUAUAUGGCUUUGUUCUUUACUUAGGCUCCCAAUUUGUCUUUAUUCUAUACCUUGUUUGGGCCUACACACCUGAAUCCUGGCUAUUUUCAUUGGGGUUAACAUACUGGCCUCAAAAGUUCUGGGCUGUUGCUUUGCCUGUGUACCUUUCAGUUAGUGUGGGAAUAGGCUAUAUACUUCUCUUCGGAAUUAACAUGAUGAGUACUGCUCCACUGAACUCCACACACACAAUUACAGACCACUAUGCAAGAAAUCAGAAACAGAAGAAACCACAAGAAGAAGCCAUCCCUGCAUUAAGGGAUAUUCCCAUUAGUGAAGUAAACAAAAUGUUUUUCCUGACUAACAGAGUGGUUUGCAGUCGAAAUUGAUGUAACGAAAUACCUUUUAAAAAUGUAUAGAAAAGAAAUUAUGUUCCUGAAGUCAAUGUUCUUUUGUUAAAGUGCCAAAUAUUUUAUUUUAGUAAGAGUAUAUAUAAAUAAAUAAAUAGCUAGCAAAAUGCAA